CUACAAUACUACUAGUAGGAGAAAUAAUUCGAGAGUGGGGAGACGGUGGGAGUGAGUGGGGUGGGGGUAAGAAGUUCAGAACACGGUCGUCAGAGUAGCGAUGGCGUCUGCAAUGUUAAAGCGAUCCAACUGCUUCUCAAUGAAAUCGAUUGUGGGUGGUCUUCGAAUUGCUGUUUCCAGGGCAUUCGCGUCGGUUUCAGUCGGUACUGAUAUCGUCUCUGCAGCUCCUGGUGUUUCGCUUCAGAAGGCUCGAUCCUGGGACGAGGGUGUCUCCUCUAAGUUCUCUACAACACCUCUUAAAGAUAUCUUCAAGGACAAGAAAGUCGUCAUCUUUGGGCUUCCUGGCGCUUUCACCGGAGUUUGUUCUGCACAGCAUGUUCCCAGUUACAAGAACAACAUCGAUAAGUUCAAAGCAAAGGGGAUUGACUCUGUAAUUUGUGUUGCUGUCAAUGACCCUUAUGUUCUGAAUGGAUGGGCAGAGAAGCUUCAAGCCAAAGAUGCUAUUGAAUUUUAUGGUGACUUUGAUGGGAACUUUCACAAAAGUUUGGAGUUGGGGUUAGAUCUCUCUGCUGCUUUGCUUGGCCCUCGUUCACAAAGAUGGUCUGCCUAUGUGGUAGAUGGGAAGGUCAAGGUUCUGAAUGUAGAAAAAGUUCCAUCUGAAUUCCAGGUUUCAGGUGCAGAGGUAAUUUUGGAUCAGAUAUAAAGUUACAUGUGAUCCAUGUGUAGUCUUGUUUUCAGACCAAAAUUAUCACAUUCCACCAAAAUAAGAGACAUAUAUGUUAUUGAACUGCAAAUUUCAGCACUUGUUAAUGAAGUGAGAACAAAUAUUCUGGGAAAAAAAACUACAACCUAGCUUGUCUUGUGGAA